CACCUCAAUGUUUUAACAACCAGCAGCCUGACGCCUGACUUUGGAGAAAAUGAGGACUAUUUUGACAAAAUUGGCUGAUCAGAUUUUGCUAUCAACGUACAGACAAAUAUUUCCAGGAUGGUAUACCCUGUCAUCCAGAACAGUAACAACAAGAUACUGGGAUGGAGAAAAAUUUGUAGAAAUGGAGACUCCGACUGACUUGGGUGCUUCUGAUGAAGUUCCCAAAGGAGACAAACUUAAAGAGGAAUCAGAGAAAAUUCUGAAUAAGCUUGCAGAGGAUGACCCACGAGUGAUACCCAGGGCCUCUGUUCAAGGGGCCCCCAGGGGACUGAAAUACAGAAAGAAGUACAUAGAGGCUUUGAAAAGUAAAGAAAAAGCUGAAGAAAGUUACAGCAUUCAAAAUAUUGAAAAGAUACUUAGUGAAAUGGUGAUAGCUCAGCAACAGAACAAGCAGACAGAGAGAGGGGAUGGUAUUCAUGAUGAAUUUUCACUUAUUAAGAAUGAGAAACCACCCAAUCCAUAUGCCAAAAAACAACGGAAGUGUAUUCUUUGUGAAUAUGAUGUUCAUCUUGAUUACAAGAAUGCUCGGUUGCUGAGUCAGUUUGUGUCACCCCACACGGGGAGGAUAUACAACAGAGGGACCACAGGACUGUGUACACCAAUGCAGAAACAUGUUGCCAGUCUUAUCAAAACAGCCAGGGCAUUUGGUUUCAUGCCUUUUCUCAACAAAAGAAUGGAAUUCAAAGAUGAUCCUGACAUCAGAUCAAAAGAGAUUUCUUGAACUUAUAGAUUUAAUAAAUGAUAAUACAGGCAA